AUUGACUACAGUGACAGUAAUACCUCGAUAGUCUGAUAGUCGAACGACUCAACAAUUACAGAAUUAGGUAGUCAAUCCAAAAAUUCUUGUCCAAAAUACGGUAAUGGAACAGAAAUCUGGAGCUCGACCACCAGCUGUCCAGAACCGCAGAUCUCGGAUGCCUCUUGACAAUUCUGCAAUUCAACAAGCUUCAGUUCAAAUAAGAACAUCAGUGGGAUAACAUGAUUGAUGAAUAAAUGAUUGAUUGAUAACAUGUGUUGAGAAAUUUUCUUAAUUUAUUGUCUUCUCGCCAUUGAUCAUGGCUCCAGACUGCCAGAGAAAAGUUGUGAUAAAGGGAAGGAGAUGAGGAAAACAGUGAGAACAACUAUCGAGUUGAAAAAAUAAAUUAUUGAGAAGAGAAUGAUGUUCGGGUGUCUAAUCUUGCCUUACCUGCAGUAUGGCACGGAGAAGUUUACCAUUUUUUGAUAUUUUUAUCUUUAUUAUGUACAUAUUUUAAUAAUUAAUGUUGUUUAGGUACACGUUUUUUUAAUACUUUCGGUAUUUUGGAAUGCGUAGAAACGAAUUCAGAUAAUUAUCUUUGUUUUUCUUAUGUCAAAUGUUUCGGUUGUCGAGCACCAAUCCCGAACGAAUUAUCUUUGUAUCACAGUAUUUGAUAUUCUGUUUAUAUAUUUAAAAGACUAUUUUGAAAACUAUUCCUGGAAUAUACAACUCUACCGAGGGUUAUCAUGUCACUAUAGUAGCACUUGCUCGCAAUUGCACUGAUCCAAUGUCACUUUACUGCAUCCUAAUAAUAACUCUGUUUAUUUAGACCCAAUUUUUAAUGUGUUUUUAUUUUAUUGUUAAACUUUAGACAGUCAUUUGUAAUAUCUUUAAGUCGUUAAUAUCUUCAGAUCUUAGUAUUUAGUUUUAUUUUAUCAAGUAUUUAAUUGUACAAUGGCUACAAACAAUUCCAAAGGUACUAGACAGAAAUCUGCGAAGAAGGCUAACUCCCAACAAGAGAGGCCGCAUGGUAGACGUUUCACUCCACGGAAACGAACUAGCGAGUGUGAGGACGAUGGAACAUGUGAUUUAUGUGUCCAAUCAAUAAAGAUUUAUGCAAUUGGAAACUGUGAUCAUCCUAUAUGCUACAGGUGUUCUGCAAAGAUGCGUGUUUUGUGUGAGCAGAUGCAUUGUGCUGUUUGUAGAGUGGAAUUAACAAAGGUAGUUUAUUGCAAGUCAAGACGACCAUUCAAAGAAGCAGAAGCUUUGAAAUUAAUUCGGGGCAAAAAAGGAAAUGUGUUUUUCACUGAUGAAAUUGUCAAGAAAGAAUAUGAAAAAUUGUUUGAACAUCAUUGUUCGAUUUGUCCUGAAAAUCCUCAGGAAUUCUCGUUUGACAGUCUGGAAUCUCAUAUGAGAAAAGAACAUAAAUUGUUUUAUUGUCAUCUUUGCGUCAAAUAUAAUACGAAUUUUACGGAUGAGUGUAAGACGUAUUCUCGAGAAGAUCUUGCAAAGCAUCGUAGAGUGGGAGAUGAGGAUGACACUUCUCAUAAAGGUCACCCAUUAUGUGAGUUUUGUGAUGAACGCUACCUCGAUAAUGAUACACUACUUCGUCAUCUCAGAAAAGAUCAUUAUUUUUGUCAUAUUUGUGAUACUGCUGGGAAUAAUCAGUAUUAUGAUGGAUAUGCAGACCUUCGCAAUCAUUAUCGCAAAGAACAUUAUUUAUGUGAGGAAGGUGAUUGUGUUAAUGAACAGUUUACUUCAGUUUAUGCAACAGAAUUAGACCUCAAGGCUCAUCGUACAGCAGCACACUCUCAAAGUAUGUCUCGACAACAGCAAAAAGUGGAACGGAGUAUCGACCUAGGUUUUCAAUAUGCUAAUCCACCUGCUAGGGGAAGUAGAGGUGGCAGAGGAAGAGGCCGUGGUAGAGAAAUUCCUGAUAACAAAAGAGAAGAACGGGAUCUAGAACUGGCUAAAGCACUUUCAUUAUCUGAGAAAACCACACAAAAUGAUACAAAUAAAGAUAAUUCAAAAGUCAAGGUUCGACCCAGAGUUCAACGAGAACCAGAACCUAAGAAACCUCAACCGGAAGAAGAACCGCCACCGCCAAAUCUGGUCCACGACUUUCCAAGUUUGGGUGCGAAAGAACCUGAGACUCCUGCGAAUCUCUAUUCCUACUCUAACACUCCAAAGACAGAACCAAUGAAACCAUCGGAAAAGCAAGAAAUUCAGAAAGACCAUAAAAUUCCUCAAGCCACAGCUGCUCAUAAAGUUGCAACCGCCGUGGGUCGUUCAGCUGGUAAAAUCAACGAUGACGACUUCCCGACGUUGGGAUCUAGCAAUAAAUCGAAAAAUAUUCAAUCGACUGGAUACUGGGGAUCAUCUAACCCCUCACUCCCGAGUUCACAGAAAUCCAAACCAAAUAAAAUGCCCCAACCUGUUAGUGUCAAUAUCCCUCAAUCUCGUUUCAGCAAUAGCAAAGUUAAUUUUCAAAGUAAAGAUGACUUUCCUACUUUGGGAUUGGGAGGUAGAGGUCCUGCUUUGAUGCAAGGACAGAGCACGAUUUGGGGCACUACCGCUCCUAUGCCGGUCCAAACAGUGCAGAAGAAACAGAAAAAAUCAAAAAACAAAACACCGGUUGUGAAUCCGGAACCAGGUAAAAAAUCAGCAUUGAAAUCUGCACCCCCUGCUGCUAUGACUGUUAAUUCGAACCCAUUGGCAAAUGAUGAAACAGUUUCAAUUCGAAUUGGUUCUGGAAAGCAUUCGAUGAGAUUGACAUCAGCGAAACAUCAUGAGGAAAUUUCAGAUAUUGAGAAACCUAUGGAAGUUCCUGGUAUGGAUGGUAGUUCUGUUAAAACUGUCAGUGCUGAUGCAUUUUCAUUACUUUCUCAAUCAUCUCGAUCAAAUCAAUCCAAUUCUAUCGAUGCAAGAUUUAUGUCACAGACUGAAGAAUUUCCAGAACUCGGUGGUGGAAAAGGAGGACGUAUCAAAGGCAUUGGAUCUUCAAAGUCUUCAUCCUGGGCUAAAACCAAUGGUGAUGCAGGCAGAAAUUCAAGAAACGGUCCUUUAUCUCUCUCUGAUAUAAGCAAAGAUAUCUUUCCGAGUAGUACAAUUGAUAAUCUUCCAAUCCACUCGAAUUCGAAGUCUUCGAAAGUGAAUAAAGCAGAAAUGAAUUUUCCACAUUCCAAUAAUGAUAUUCUCCAUGUAUCCCAACCCCCUCCUAUAAGUUCAUAUACUUCUAAUUGGUACAACGAACCAGAACUAUCUGUCGCUGAUAAAAUUGUGAGAGAAAGCUCUUUUCAAACUAAAGAAAGUGAUUUUCCAACUUUGGGUGGUGGGGGCGGAGGACCUCGUACUUCGGCGAAGAAAAAUAAGAAGAAAAAGAAAAAGGGUCAUCCAAACGCAAGCGAGUUAUCAAAGCAUUUUGGCGUCAAUGACGAUCAACAAAGCAGUGGGCAUUUACAAAAUUUACUGGACAGUGAAAACGGAGAUGCAAAACAGUCACUUUCAUCUAUGCUUGAUAAGAAUAAUGUUUUUGCUCCUUCAGAAAAUAGUACCAAACCAAAACAACAAAAUCAUCAAGAAAAAAAACAACGAAAGGAAAAAAUUAAGAAGCAGGAAAGUUCUGAAGAUGAGAGUGAGCUUGAUCCAAGACCUGAUGAGAAUGACAUUCAAGGACGUAACAUGUGGCUAAUAAAUACAAUUCAACAAUUGUGUGAACUGGAUGAAAAAUUUUCUGAGUUUAAAUCUUGUUCUGGCGGAUUCCGACAAGGAACUAUAUCUGCUAAUCAGUACUAUGAAAAAUGCAAAGUUCUACUUGGAAAGAAACAUUUUUCUACAGUAUUUCAAGAACUGGUUGAUUUAUUACCAGACGAAGAUAAACAACAAUCAUUGAGGAAAGCCCACAGAGAAUAUAUUCCAUAAAAGCCUUAUAUCUAUUAAUUCAGGCAAAAUAUUUAGGUAACAUGUUGUAGAGUGGUAUAUUCGAAAAUAUUGUGUACAGUGUUGCAUGGUUUGUGUGAGGUGAUAUUCACCUGAUUAUGGUGUGUCAUAUCAUGUUGCUGCAGUGGGAGCAAUUCUGGUUAGAAAUUUAUAGUCAUACAAAUGAUUAAGUUGUAUAGCCUACUUCAGCAUAAAUAUACUUAUUCCCAUGGUUGAGGAUUGGUCAAACCUGGCUAUGACGCUAAAAAUAUGCAUGCAAGCCUUUUUUGAUUUGUUGACAAUGCUUUGAAGUUUGACGAAAGUUUUUCGACUGAUUAUCACCUUUGAAAGUCGGAAACAAGUAUCACUAUUCAUUAUAUAUGCCACAUAUUUUAUAUGCUAAUAGGAUACUUUAUCUAGAACUGACCAUUUAUUUGUCGCGUUUGAUGUUAUCAGGUAGCAUGGCUUGUUGCUUAACUGCUUCGGUGCAAUUUGUUUUUAAUAAAGUUUAAAUUUAAGGUUGUCAAAA